UCCAACUCUCAUAAGUUUUCCCCGAAAAAAGCCUCAAAUUUCCUCCAUGAAUCAAAGAGUCAACCAGGAGUGGAACCCCUCUGAGGUAGAGGGGGCAAGAUCAAUCAUUGAUCGUCUCAACAACUACUACAACAAUGAUGGCACCAACCAUGAGAAGAUCAAGAAGCAUGAUAUCGUGGCCAAUCUCAAAGCAUGGUUCCCUAGGAAGACCAUGCAACAGGUAACAGACUUGUAUGAUGAUCUUGUUAUGGAGAUGCAUAUGUUGCAGUGUCCAGAGAAGGAGUACAAUGGUACCAAUAGUGACCAUGGUGCCAUUUACACUGUGGAUGGCCUUGUGAAUAAAAACUUUGGAUUGCAAAAGGAGGUUGCCAUAGAAGGAAUGGGUAUUUUGUUUGGUCAUCCAUUGGAGACUAUGCAAACCAUGGAGAUACAAGAAGAGGUGCAUAUGGUGGAGGAGAACAAGGUGCUGUUGGAGAAUAAGAUUUGCAUCCCUCAACCAGUGCUUGCACCACGUGCCAAGGGGUAUUGGACCCCAGAGGAACACAGGCUCUUUCUCCAUGGGUUAAGUGCAUGUGGUCGUGGAAAAUGGAAGGACAUAUCAAAGUACUUCGUCACUAGUAGGACUCCAGCCCAGAUUUCGAGCCAUGCACAGAAGUACUUCAUGAGGCUACAGAGCAAACGGUCAGGAAGCCAACGCUAUAGCAUCAACGACGUGGAGCUCGAUGAUGCUGACCCAUGGAAAAUCAAAAAUAGCUUUAAUUUAUGGGAAGCACUCGCCUUGCAAUCUACAAUUGGUGCUGAUAACCAAAAUCCAAGUUUUGGUUUGCAAACUCCUUCGAGUCCAUUUGUCACCAUGAACAAUAUAUUCUAGUUUGGAGUUGUCUUUCCUGAAGAAAAGGAGUUAGUAGUAGUAUGUUGUGAGAAUGAUAAGAUGUUGUCAUCGUAGUAGGGGCUAGUGAACUUUGUUCCUACUAGUAUACAAGUAUUACUUAAACUUCCUUCAAAGUAUUGUAUGGCAUACCAUGUAUAAGAUGCUAUGAUUUAAAUUAUAUUUAAAUGUGUGUUUGGAGAGUCAA